AUGGGAAGGAGAUCCCUGGCAAAGAUACUGACAGAAAUGAUGGGCCGAAGAAAAGAGACAGUGAGACAUUUAAUGGGAGGGCAGGAGACUGUCUCCCUGACGACCGAUAUCUGGACAGACCGAACGAUGAGGAGUUUCCUUGGAGUGACUGCCCAUUUGCUGGCUCCUCAUCCGAAGACUCAAACAUACCAGCUCUUAUCCAUCCUGCUGACAUGUCAGAAGUUCAAGGGAAGGCACACAGGAGAGGCCAUUGCAAGGUCUUUUGACAAUGUCCUUGAAGACUUUGGUAUUGGCAACAAGGUGGAGUUCAUUGUGACGGACAAUGCGUCCAACAUGAAACGCGCAUUCUCCUUGGAAUUUCCGGAGAUAGACCCGUCUGGAGCCGAAGGGGAGGAAGGGGCUGGUGUAGAUGAUGGCGACCUCUGGGAGGACCAGGAUGAAGAGGAUGCGGGGGCUGUGAGACAGGCAUUGAUCUUGGCCUCUAAACACAGGAUCCCAUGCUUUGCCCAUACACGCCAGUUAGUCAUCGGAGACGGUCUCAAAGAACUGCGGGCAGUUGGGCAGCCCAUUGCGAAGGUGUCAAAGCUGACAACAGUACUGCACAGGAGUGCAGUACUCAAAGAAAGGUUUCAGGAGCGUUUUGGUGUGGAACAAUACCAGCUGCGAACUCCACACGCUGGAGCUUUGUCUUUCUUCAACUCAGAGCUUGACAGAACCUACAAGGAGUUGAUUGUCGAGCGAUUGCUGAAAUCUGCUAGGCGGUGGAGUUCAACAACCUUAUUUUCACACGCCAAGAGUGGGCUCAACUUGCUGAAUUGA